AUGGAUGUUCUAGUUUUGAAGACAAAUUUGGAUCAAAUGUGUGUAAAUUCAAGAAGUCUCCUUGUGGCGUCAAGCAAUCUCCAAAGCAUGGUUCGAAAAGUUCACUCAAUCUAUAUCACGAAACAAAGUUAUAUUCAAGGACAAUUCGAUCACACCUUGUUCACAAAACUCUCCCCUAAAGGAAAGAUUGCUGUCCUAAUUGUCUGUGUUGAAGAUAUUGUUCUUACUGGAGAUGAUAUACUUGAAAUGGGAAGACUACAAAAAGAACCAACUGCAAAGUUUGAAAUUAAGGAUUUAGGAGUCUUGCGAUUACAAAAUGAAGAUUGCCUGAUCAAAGAAGGGAAGUAUGGUUUCACAACAAAAAAAAAAUACAUUAUAGAUCUCUUGGAGGAAACUGGGAUGAGUGAUUGUAGCCAAUUGACACCCACAAUCCCCAUGGAUCAUAAUGUGAAACUUUGGGGAGAAAUGGAGUGUUUCUAUUGA